AUGAAUGGAUUCCCGGCUUCCCAAUCGCCAAUAGCCACCUCUGGAAGCUUACAUGGGCCCAGGCGACGCCGCCCCCAUCGAAAAACCAAAACCGGUUGCACCGAGUGCCGUCGUCGGCGAGUCAAGUGCGAUGAGCAAAAGCCAAGCUGCCGGGCCUGCGUGCGCCGUGCGGUUCCCUGCAAAUACGCGUCAGAGUACCGAGCCAUCACGGACGCCGCCGGAGAUGUGUCCCCAGGGCUGCCGCUGACGCCCGAUACGGCGACAUCGCCACUGCCGCAUGAGCCAGGGACACAGCAAGAAACGUCCGCCCGCUCUCCUCGGGGUCUCCCGACACCUUCGGAUGCGCCAUGUUGCGCCCGUCCAUGCGCCUUUAGCGUCGACGACCUGGCUCUUCUCCACCACUGGACGUGGUCCACCAGCCUCAGCAUCUGCCGCGAAUCCAGCUGCGCCGACAUCUGGCAACGCGUGUUUCCCGAGGUAGGCUUGCGACAUCCAUUCGUGUUCCACGCCAUCCUGAGCCUGGCUGCCCUUCAUCUCGUCCACAGCCACGGGACGAGAGAUGGUGGCCAGUAUGUGGCCGAGGCUGCCAAGCAUCACAACGAGGGGCUCCGAGGCUUCCGCCAGUCGCUAGCCAACAUUACCGAGGCGAACAGCGAGGCCCUGUUUGUGUGGUCUCUGCUGAACAUGAUCUACGUGUUUGGCGUGUUUAGUCGACGCGGCGUGGGCAGCGGCGACGACUGCAGCUCUCCUCCGCGCCAUUUGCACAAGGAUUUGGUUCUCGGCAUCGAAUGGAUUCCCAUGAUCCGCGGCAUUGAAGCGGUGCUGUACCCGACCCACCAUCACCUGCGGCUUGGUCGCAUGAACCGCAUCUUGAGUCUGGGAAACUGGGACGAUCUGGAGCCAGGUCCAGCGGUCGAGUCUCAGGGGCCCGAUGGCCAUCUAUGCGCCACGCGAAAGACGUGGGAGAACAGCAGCGAUGCAGAGACAUACGACCAGGCCCUUCGGAUCCUCCGUAAAUGUCGAAUGUUCAUUCAGCAGUUUGAGACGAUGGAUGCGGCCACUCUGGCCGAUUGGGGCUACAACCGCGCAUGGUCUGGGCCCCUGAUGUUCGUUCACUUUGCACCACAGUCUUACUUCACUUUGCUACACCAGAGACAGCCUCCCGCACUGGUCUUGUUCGCCUACUUCGGCACCUUGCUGCACGGCAUCGGAAGUUUUUGGUUCAUGGAGGGCUUGGGAGAGGAGAUUGUGAAAGUUGUUGCCGACCUGCUUGGGUCUUACUGGAGACCAUGGAUUUCCUGGCCAAUCGAGUAUGUCGGGCUUGACUGAUCCUGAACUAUCUUCAUACUGGCCACAAAAAGGGUCAGAGCGAUAACCGAAUUUAUACCCCAAUGUGCUACUAGACAAGGGAAAAUCUCCAAUCCUGGCCACCCUCCCAGACGCCGCGAGCCUUCUAGAAGUUCCCAACCGACAAACUUCUAUACAUGCCAGACUUCGCCUAAAGUUCCCCGAGCCUGCUACAGGUUGUCAGGCAUCUUCACUCAUCAGGACUCGGAAUCCAGGGCGCGUAUGGUGCCGGUUGUGGGGAGUAUUCCCAUCUUCC